GUUGUUUUCCACACUUCUGCAGUAUAAAUUUACCAGCUCUCAGUUUGCUUGUGCAGAGAACUGGACCGAUAAGGUUAAAAUAAAGAAGAAAUAAGAUACAAAAACAUUAUUUUGAGAAGAAGCUAUGAAUUUGUUACUUUCUAUACUUUUCCAAGGUGCUCUGCUGUAUGAGACUUUGGGAUGGCAAGUGACUAUGCCAAAGGAAAUUCAUGGUCUCCAAGGGUCCUGUCUGGUUAUACCAUGUUCCUUCUCCUACACAUCGUAUCCACCCACCAACCCAAACAGAGUUGUGUGGUAUCAGUGGGUCUCUAAAGGCUACCCUUUAGUUUAUGAUCCCUGGUAUCCAAAUGACGUCAUUGACAAGUUCAAAGAAAAAACAUAUUUAAAUGGUGACCCGACAAAUAGAGAGUGCAGUCUUCUCAUUAAAAAGCUUGAUCAGUCCCACCAUAGAGAGAAAUUGUACACGUGGAUUGACCCAGAAAAUGUUGGAAAAAGCACUUACAGGUUUUUUGACGUCACCUCCACGAUUAAUGUGGACACUAAGCCGAAGUCACCCACCAUCAAUAUUUAUGGAGGCGAAAGAACCGGGGACGACAUGACGGUGGCAUGUCACACCUACCACAGCUGUCCAUACAGCAAACCAAACAUCAUUCUGAAGGGUUUAGAAGGAUCUGAUCAAAUAAAGAAUGACCCUAUUGAAGGUGGUUUAUGGAAAAUCACUCUGACACGCAAAGGUGUUGUUAAAGCUGAGAGCUCAGACAUUGAGUGUAUUGUAAAGCAUUAUGGAGGCAUAACAGCAAGAGCUACAAAGAACAAAAAUUCAGCGUGUAUCUAUUCCAAUAUAAUCAUUAAGCCUGACCGUGCAGAUGUCAUAGAGGGUGUUUCAAAGGACUUCACUUGUACUAUCAACAAUUCCUGUCAGAAGGAUCCUCCAAGCAUCUCAUGGAACUAUAAGAACAUGCAGGUCUCAAACAAGAAUACCAAACUUACCGGAAUUAAUUCAGCCACCUCUUCAACCAUCACCUUUUCAGCCGAAAGGAAAGACAAGGGGAAGAAAUUGAUAUGCACCGCAAAAUUUUCGGGAAAGGACGUUCAAGCAUCUGUUGACAUACAUGUAGAAUACUACGAGCCCAGACUGGUGGAUCCUGAAAUCAAAAACACUGAUCGCGUGUAUGAAGCAGACGUGGUUCCCAGGCUCACUGCAUUACCUCGUUCCUGUGUGGUGAUACCCUGCAGUUUUAAGAUGCAUGAGGAACUUGCCGUGCAUCUUUGGGUUCAUUGGUUUACGAAGAAAGGUUACAUGUUCCACUCUGGACAGAGCAAAGUCUCGGACAACUUCAAAGGCCGCACAAAACUGCUUGGAAACUCAAUUGAUCAGGACUGUACGGUGGAGAUUGAUAAUGUGCAGAACCAUGACAAUGGGCCGUUCUGUUUCCGAGCAGAAACAGAAAAUAAGAAAUACCUUUUUAACCACAGCUGUGUGUUCAUUGUAAUGCAAGCCCCAGACAAACCUGUGAUGUCACCAAUCCCUGACAACAUCGAGCCCGGGACAAACGUCACCAUCAAAUGCUCAGUCAAACACACGUGCCCUUCUCACCCCCCCAGCAUCACCUGGAGCAUCCCAACUGCUGGAAAAACAGUGGAUCAUCGGAGUAUAGGUGAAGGAGUUUGGGAAACAGUCUCAAAUGUGACCUUUAUCCCAACCGGAUACGAAGAGGAAGAUCAAAUCAUCUGCAGUGCAGCAUUUUGGGGGGAUAGAACGGUGGUUAAUAAAUCAACUGAAGUAAAUAUUCAAAGAAUUCAAGGUGUUGGAGUGGAGGUUCUUGGGCCGUCUGUCAUAAUACCCAUAAUUGUUUUUCUCCUCCUUUGCGCUGGAUUCAUCAUAUACAAGAGACGACGCAGCAGAAUGUCUGAAGGAAGAGCUGACUGGACUAACAGUAGUCAUGAAAAUAAUAUCAGGUUCAACAACGAAACAUUGGAUAAAAGCAAUAAAAGAUCUGUUCGGAUACCAUGGUGAGCAACCUUCAAGUAUCACAAGGAGGUGUGUGAAUAUUUUGGAUAUCUGUUAUUGUAAAUAUAAAUAAUUACUGUUUUUUUAUAAAUACAGUUUAUAGUUUGUCAUAUAUUUAUGUUAAGGCAUAUAUAUAUCUAACAUUUUACUUCAAAAAUAUCCAAAGAGUUACAAUACUACCGUUUUGUUUCCUUUUUUAAGAAAUACCACAAUCUGAAUGGCUUUAUAGCAGCAAAACAAAAUGACUGGAUCUAUUCUUGUGUUUGUUUUGUUACUGAGGUUUAAUCUAUCUGAUAUAGAUACAUGAUGUUAGACAUGACAAAUAUGUGAGUCUUUGGAUGCCUUAAUUAAUUGCGAAAGGAAUAACAAAUUUGUAAUUAUACUUUGACAUAUUAUAUAAAUAAAGUUGUCCUUCUCUGACUAACCCACUGAAAUUA